GUUUGAUGUUCAAGAAAUAUCGUCUGGAAAACACAAGAAAUUGGCGGGGAAUGCAAUGUUGAUAAUUAGUUAAUUAAUCUAAGAAUAUAUGAAGAAAUGUACUCUAAAGAUGAAAAAGAAAUAGAAAAGCUUAGAAAAGACAAGUUGAAAGCAGAUAAAAAAGGAAAUUUGAAGGAAGUUGCUACAUUAGCAAAUUAUUUAGGAGAGUUACUUGCUAAAAUUGGAAAAUUUGAAGAAGCAAAACAAGAACAUGAACAGGAACUAAGCCUGUGUGAAGCCUUGGAUGACAGCAUCGGAGCUGCUGUGGCUUGUCGGAAAAUAGGAGAGAACUACUGUGACUUGCAGGACUAUGAAAAAGCCCUACAUUUCCAGCAGCGCCAUCUUAACCUGGCCAAAAAAUGUGACAAUCUUAUUGAGGAACAAAGAGCCUGGGCAACCAUCGGAAGAACUUACUUCAUUAAAAGUGAGAACAGCAACAACAGCGAGACUACUACCGCGGCCCUACACAAAGCCCUGGACGCCUUCCACAAAAGUCUCCAUGUCUGUGAGGAUUUAAAAGUUAAAGGGAAUGUCAAGGAAGUGGACUAUUUUGAGAUGAAGGCUAGGCUUUAUCUAAAUAUAGGUCUAGUGCAUGACGGUCUUGAAGAUACUAAACUGUGUGCAGACAAUCUGAAGCGAGCUAUCACUUUAGCAGAGCGCCACCACCUUGACAGUGAUUUAUACAGAUGUCGGAUGUGUCUGGCCAGCAUGUAUCAGCGCAGUGGAAAUCUUAGCCAGGCUAUACGCUUCCUAGACGCUGCCCAGAAAAUCGCUGUCAAACUGAGGGACAAGCAGUUAGAAUGUGACACAUUGACCACUAAAGCAAUGAUUUCCUGUCAAAUUGGUGAUUUUAGCAGCAGCAAGCAUGCUUUGAAAAAAGCCUAUAAACUUUGCUCCACAGCAGAGACAGAGAACCUGAGAAAAUUGUUUCAUUCAGUGACAAAGCUAGAAGAGGCAACAAUAUCAUUGGAAAUGACCCCCACAACCCCCUGUGAUGCCAGACUCCGACUUUUUGAAAGUCUAGGUGACUGCUCAGCCGAGGCAGGUAGCUUCAAGCAGGCCAUCGAGUAUUACCUGCAAAUGCUCAAGUGUGCUGAAGAUUUAAAAAAACCUUUAAAGGACUUCAUUCCAAUUUAUGUAUCUUUGGCACAAACAUAUGCUGAUGACAAGCAAUACAAAAAUGCCAUUUUGUAUUACAAUAAAGAAAUUGAAGCAAGAGGAGAUGAUGCUACACAGGUCUGUAAAACUCUUCUGAACAUAGCUGAGAUUGAGUAUUCUGACGGACAGGAUUAUGACAAGAUCAGUGAUACCUACCUCAAGGCCUAUAAACUUGCAAAAAAGGCCCAGCAUCAUCUGUUAGAGUUUCAUGUGCUGAAAGCAUUAACAGAUGUUCAGAGAAGCUUCAAUAAGAAAGGGCACCUGAAGCAGACCUCUGAGCAGAUGAAGCUAGUCAAGGAAAAGUAUGACAUUGACAGCUCUGAUGAGUUGAGUGAUGACGAGAGGGACAGUCAGAAGCUGUACCCAGAGGACGACGACGCCCAGCUCAGCAUCUCAGAGUUGUCAGAGUCAGAUGUGACAGAUGAUGAGGUGUCAGCGGAUGUAGCCACCAGUGCUACAGGCCGAGCCAGGCGGGUCAAGGCUUCUACCAAGAGAAAUGAAAAAGGUGAAACUCCCUUACACAGAGCCUGUAUCGAGGGAAACCUCAAGAAAGUGCAAAAACUCAUAGAACAGGGACACCCUGUCAACCCUAGGGAUCACUGUGGCUGGAUUCCUCUACAUGAGGCAGCCAACCAUGACUUCCUUGAGAUUGUGCAGUAUCUACUGGAGCAUGGAGCAGCAGUAAAUGACCGUGGGGGGCAGCAUUGUGGUGGGGUAACGCCCCUCAUUGAUGCUGCCAGCUGUGGCAAUAUGGAAGUCAUGGAGUUGUUGAUUUCAAAAGGAGCAAAUGUGCUAGCUAAAGAUGAUGGGAACAAUACAGCACUGGACUGUCUGAGAGCUUGGAGGCAGCGUUGUGACACAAUGACUGAUGAACUCAUGUGUAGCUACACCGAACUGGAGAACACGUUGCAGAGGAAACUUCCUAGUCAUAUAUCAGUGAGAGAAGAGAACCAGGGACUGUCUGCCCAGUCCUCCAGUGCGAUGCCAUUGUUGACUCGUCCAAAAAAAGCAAAUGAACGAAAUCUGAGGAGAACUUUGUCAUCAGGGUCUGAGAGUGAAGAAAUGACAGAGCCAGAAGCUACUCUAUUAACAGAUGACUCACAGGAGACAUAUCCCAAUCCUAGACUUCAAAAAGAGAAGGCCCCAAAACGGGCCACAGACUUCUAUAGAAGCGCCAUCAAAGGAGUAGGGCUGAGUGCAACUAAGAUGGUGUCUCCCUCGCAACCAAGAAAUUCGCAAGCACCAAAAGAGGUCCAACCAUUUUUAGCAGAAGAGGAAACUCCAGAUGAUGAUUGGUUAAUUGACGAUAUGAGACCGGCCAAUAAAAAACGGAGGUUGGAUGUGAACGAUGUGUUUUCUACAAGUCAAACUAGUCAGAGAGCUCCAAAGAGGAAAAAGAAUACAAGUGAUCAAGAGCCAUUCCGGAGUUUAAGUGAUACUGAAGAGAGUGAUAUAAAUGCUGUGACAGUUCUACCUUCUCUGGACUAUCAAGAUGAGGAUAUUGGAUCUCUACCAAAUAAUUUUUGUGUGAUUAGUGAAAGCGAAAACAGUAACGACAGUGUAGAGACUAGGCCAAGGUCAAAUCGACUGUCAAGAAAACCCAGACAGAUGAAGUUGACAAAUUUUGGAGUCAGGAAAUCAAAUAGUUUAGUAACCGAUGAGAAUGUUAAUGGAGAUCUCAGUGCUGCAGGGACUUCAAGACUUCCCCUGAAUGCCAAUUCAAAUCUUAGUCCACUGAGACCUGUAUCUACAGAACCGAAUCCUUGUGCUAAUCUUCCAUCCAGUCAGGUGACACCUGGUUUACUGACUCAGUCUGUGGCAUUCCCUGUUGGAUCUCUGCGAGUCAGAGUCAAAGAUUUGAAAAUUCUUGUCCCUGUCUUUGAAAAAGAUUUGAACAGCACAGUGACAUGGCUGGCUCAGGAGACAGCUUCCAGGUACCAGCGACUGACUGGAUUACAGUGUGUCCUCAGUAUCCAGCUGGGAGACGGAUCAGUACUGAGUCCAGAUGAUUCAGUCACCCUGCUCCUCUCAUCAAAGGAGGAGAUUAAGGCCAUAAUAGAACACAUGGACUUGCUACCAAUGUCUCAGCAGUAUGAACAAUCCUGUCAGGAGUUAUCCUGUAAGAGCUACAGAAAUAUCAAGACUAUAUUGCUUCAGUCAAAUACAAAUGGAGGCAAGCUUGAUUUCCAGAACUUAGCACUUCGACCAAUGCAGUUGAAACCAAUUUUCAAGGCUUUACAGUUCCAGCAGAGCAUCACAGAAUUAUGUCUCAAAGGUAACCGUCUAGGUGACCAGGGUCUGGAGGACCUUCUGUCUGUGUUGAGGUCCCUCACCGGUCUGACCAGCCUCGAUCUGUCCUGUAACGGGGUCACUAAAGCAGGACUGAAGGCCCUGGCUGACUGUGUCUCCUCCAUCAGAGAAGAAGCAGGGACAGGUGCACCAAAGAAAUUGCAGCACCUGUCACUCAGUAACAACUGGCUAGGGGACACCUGCUGUUCCCUGCUCAACACAGUUAUCUCCUCCCUGCCAAGCCUGGAUACCUUUGAACUCUCCUCCUGUGGCUUCACUUCAAAUCUGUUCCAGCAAAACCGACUUAGUCUUGUGGAAACUGUCAAAAAAUCUAGUAUCCAUACACUGGAUGUUUCCUGCAAUAGUUUCCAUGCACUGGGAGUAGAACUUGUGCUGUGCUGUUUGAAUCCCAGUCAUGUGACCAGUCUAAAUCUGACGGGGACAGUGACGGCCAAUGGAGUAAUCCAUCUGUUUCUUCACCACAUUGAAAUGUUUCUCAGUCAGGACAACAGUGUGCUGGCUGAUCUAACUCUCAGUUCUUGUCAGAUUGGCCUUGACGACAAGGAUAAGCUCGUCAGGUUGGUAACAGUUGGUAAGAAACUUCAUCGACUAGACAUCUCCUGUAAUCCAAAACUGACUACCGAGGUCAUCGGAGCUUUGUUAUCCGAGUCCGCGAAACAGAGCUCCCCACUGGAACAGCUUGUCACAGAAGGAUGCACGGUCUUAUCUCCGCUCAACUCGGAUUUCCUGGACUCGCUCAAUGACAAACUGCAGAGUGCGCGACCUUUGACCUACCUGAGCAUGAGCAGUCCUGACCUGGAGAAGGUGGAUGUGGAGUGCCUGUCUGAUAUAUGGACACAGGCCUGGCAGGCAGGGGUGGGGGCUGUUAAACAGGACUCAGGCAUGAUAAGGCUCUGUGUCAGAACAAGUGGACCGGACUAAGUCACAAAUAUGAAUGGUUAACACCAAGGACUUAUGUGGGAAAAAUAAUUGUUACUUGUAUGUCAUGGUAGUAAGAUUCUAAGUGGUUUCUGUAUUUUAUAUGAAGUCUCAAAUAUGGAUAUACCGGUAGUUAACACCAAGAACUUUAAAAAUAUUUGUUACUUGUAUGUCAUGGUAGUAGAAUUCUAAGUGGUCUCUGUAUAUAGUGCUGUUUUAAUACCAUUGUUGUCUUUCUUCUUCAUUGAAGUAAAACCUCAAAUUUUAUUCCAUCCUAGAGCUUUACAAUUUGAAUGUGAAUGACCCUGUUACUUGUAAACUUGUCCGACAUUGAAUUGUUUAUUUUUGUUUUGGGAAAAUGAAUUAAUGUUAUUUAUAAUGCAUGUAUAAAAAAAACUGAUAUUCUUGUAUAAUGAAAUAUUGAUGUCAGAAUUUGCUGCUUUGAGGAUUUGUCAAUCAUAUCACAAUGGAACUAAGUGAAAAAAAGUUAUGAAUAAAGUCACUUGAAUUAUU